AGUUUACAGUGAUCUUAUUUAAUGCGUUUCCCCAUGUUUCCUUGUCAAGUCUAUGAAUUCUCACGUAUCAAGCAAAAUCAAUGCACCGCCAUGUUCAUCUAUAUAUAGAUUAAAUUUAAGCAUGGAUUCUUCAGUUAAUGUCCCAAGAUGGACACCAAACCCUGCAAGAUCACCUCAAAAGGAGCCUGAACCAGCUCAUGAUGCCUUAGAAGUUCAAAGCAUAGUUUCUGAAGAAGAUAACUACAGCUUUUCUAACAAUAUGGAAACAAAUUUCCCGUUUAGCACUGGCUUUACAAGGAGCACUAACCCUCCUUCUGACUCAGGAUUAAAUUUAAGCAUGGAUUCUGCAGUUAAGGUCCCAAGAUGGACACCUAGCCCUGCAAGAUCACCUCAAAAGGAGCCUGAACUUGCUCAUGAUGCCUUGAUGGUUCGGAGCAUAGUUUCUGAAGAAGAUAACUACAGCUUCUCUAACAAUAUGGAAAUAAAUUUCCCGUUUAGCACUGGCUUUACAAGGAGCACUAACCCUCCUCCUGACUCAGGAUUAAAUUUAAGCAUGGAUUCUUCAGUUAAUGUCCCAAGAUGGACACCAAACCCUGCAAGAUCACCUCGAAAGGAGCCUGAACCAGUUCAUGAUGCCUUGGAGGUUCAAAGCAUAGUUUCUGAACAAGAUAACUACAGCUUUUCUAACAAUAUGGAAACAAAUUUCCCGUUUAGUACUGGCUUAACAAGGAGCACUAACCCUCAUCCUGACUCAGGGUUAAAUUUAAGCAUGGAUUCUGCAGUUAAGGUCCCAAGAUGGAUACCUAGCCCUGCAAGAUCACCUCAAAAGGAGCCUGAACUUGCUCAUGAUGCCUCGAAGGUUCGAAGCCUAGUUUCUGAAGAAGAUAACUACAGCUUCUCUAACAAUAUGGAAACAAAUUUCCCGUUUAGCACUGGCUUUACAAGGAGCACUAACCCUCCUCCUGGCUCAGGAUUAAAUUUAAGCAUGGAUUCUUCAGUUAAAGUCCCAAGAUGGACACCAAACCCUGCAAGAUCACCUCAAAAGGAGCCUGAACCAGCUCAUGAUGCCUUGGAGGUUCAAAGCAUAGUUUCUGAAGAAGAUAACUACGGCUUUUCUAACAAUAUGGAAACAAAUUUCCCGUUUAGCACUGGCUUAACAAGGAGCACUAGCCCUCCUCCUGACUCAGGAUUAAAUUUAAGCAUGGAUUCUGCAGUUAAGGUCCCAAGAUGGAUACCUAGCCCUGCAAGAUCACCUCAAAAGGAGCCUGAACUUGCUCAUGAUGCCUUGAAGGUUCGAAGCAUAGUUUCCGAAGAAGAUAACUACAGCUUCUCUAACAAUAUGGAAACAAAUUUCCCGUUUAGCACUGGCUUUACAAGGAGCACUAAUCCUCCUCCUGACUCAGGAUUAAAUUUAAGCAUGGAUUCUUCAGUUAAUGUCCCAAGAUGGACACCAAAACCUGCAAGAUCACCUCAAAAGGAACCUGAACCAGCUCAUGAUGCCUUGGAGGUUCAAAGCAUAGUUUCUAAAGAAGAUAACUACAGCUUUUCUAACAAUAUGGAAACAAAUUUCCCGUUUAGUACUGGCUUAACAAGGAGCACUAACCCUCCUCCUGACUCAGGAUUAAAUUUAAGCAUGGAUUCUGCAGUUAAGGUCACAAGAUGGAUACCUAGAUCUGCAAGAUCACCUCAAAAGGGGCCUGAACUUGCUCAUGAUGCCUUGAAGGUUCGAAGCAUAGUUUCUGAAGAAGAUAACUACAGCUUCUCUAACAAUAUGGAAACAAAUUUCCCGUUUAGCACUGGCUUUACAAGGAGCACUAACCCUCCUCCCGACUCAGGAUUAAAUUUAAGCAUGGAUUCUUCAGUUAAUAUCCGAAGAUGGACACCAAGCCCCGCAAGAUCACUUCCAAAGGAGCCUGAACCUGCUCAUGAUGCCUUGAAGGUUCGAAGCAUAGUUUCUGAAGAAGAUAACUACAGCUUCUCUAACAAUAUGGAAACAAAUUUCCCGUUUAGCACUGGCUUUGCAAGGAGCACAAACUCUCAUCCUGACUCAGAUAUUGAUCAUGAAGAGCCCUCUUUCAGGAUUGAGAUGGACCCAGUUGGUAGCAGAGUUGAUUGUACACCAAAAGCUGAUGGAAUUUUCUUGACAUGGACUGAUUCGGGUGGGAAAAAGCAAACCAGGGCAAUCUUACAGGGGCUUACCGGAUAUGCUGAGCCUGGUGAGGUACUAGCCAUCACGGGACCUUCAGGUUCUGGCAAGUCCACCCUUCUUGAUGCGUUGGCAGGAUUAAAUUUAAGCAUGGAUUCUUCAGUUAAUGUCCCAAGAUGGACACCAAACCCCGCAAGAUCACCUCAAAAGGAGCCUGAACGAGCUCAUGAUGCCUUGGAGGUUCAAAGCAUAGUUUCUGAACAAGAUAACUAUAGCUUUUCUAACAAUAUGGAAACAAAUUUCCCGUUUAGCACUGGCUUUACAAGGAGCACUAACCCUCCUUCUGACUCAGGAUUAAAUUUAAGCAUGGAUUCUGCAGUUAAGGUCCCAAGAUGGAUACCUAGCCCUGCAAGAUCACCUCGAAAGGAGCCUGAACUUGCUCAUGAUGCCUUGAAGGUUCGAAGCAUAGUUUCUGAAGAAGAUAACUACAGCUUCUCUAACAAUAUGGAAACAAAUUUCCCGUUUAGCACUGGCUUUACAAGGAGCACUAACCCUCCUCCUGACUCAGGAUUAAAUUUAAGAACUGAUUCUUCAGCUAAUGUCCCAAGAUGGACACCAAGCCCUGCAAGAUCACCUCAAAAGGAGCCUGAACCUGCUCAUGAUGCCUUGAAGGUUCGAAGCAUAGUUUCUGAAGAAGAUAACUACAGCUUCUCUAACAAUAUGGAAACAAAUUUCCCGUUUAGCAUUGGCUUUUUAAGGAGGACAAACCCUCAUCCUGACUCAGAUAUUGAUCAUGAAGGGCCCUCUUUCAGAAUUGAGAUGGAACCAGUUGGUAGUAGAGUUGAUUGUAAACCAAAAGCUGAUGGAAUUUUCUUGACAUGGACUGAUCUUUGGGUGACUGUUUCGAGUGGGAACAAGCAAACCAAGGCAAUCUUACAGGGGCUUACCGGAUAUGCUGAGCCUGGUGAGGUACUAGCCAUCUUGGGACCUUCAGGUUCUGGCAAGUCCACCCUUCUUGAUGCGUUGGCAGGAAGAAUAGGUUCAAAUACACGACAAACUGGGGAGAUCCUGAUUAAUGGUCACAAGGAAACACUAGCUUUUGGAACUUCGGCUUACGUGACUCAAGAUGAUACUCUAAUGACAACACUGACAGUAAGGGAAGCUGUUUACUACUCAGCACAGCUUCAAUUGCCUGAUUCCAUGUCAAGGUCUGAAAAGAAGGAAAGAGCUGAGAUGACAAUCAGGGAAAUGGGGUUGCAAGAUUCCACGGAUACAAGAAUCGGAGGGUGGAGCACAAAAGGACUUAGUGGUGGACAAAAGAGAAGAGUUAGCAUUUGCAUUGAGAUCUUAACACGGCCAAAGCUUCUCUUCCUUGAUGAGCCUACUAGUGGACUAGACAGUGCAGCAUCGUACCAUGUUAUGAGCCGGAUAGUUAAGCUAGCCUGCAGAGAUAGAAGGACUGUAAUUGCAUCCAUCCAUCAACCUAGCAGUGAAGUUUUUCAGCUCUUCCACAAUCUCUGCCUUCUCUCCUCUGGAAAAACAGUCUAUUUUGGUGCUGUUUCAAUGGCUGAGCAGUUUUUUGCUACAAAUGGCUUCCCAUGUCCAUCUUUGAGGAACCCAUCAGAUCACUAUCUUAGAACUAUCAACAAAGACUUUGAUGAAGACAUAGAACUAGGACAAGGUAGCAUUAACACAGAGAAAGUCAUCGAUACUCUUGUCCAGUCAUACAAGUCAUCAGGGAUAUGCAACCAAGUUAAGGAGCACGUAUUCAAGAUAUCUCAACAGAAAGGAGGACUUCUUGAGAAGAAGGGAAGCCAAGCGAGCUUCAUUACCCAAAGCAUUGUUCUUACGAAGAGAUCUUUUGUUAAUAUGUAUCGUGAUUUAGGUUAUUACUGGCUUCGCCUUGCAAUUUACAUUGCAUUAUGUUUAUGUGUUGGGACUAUCUUCUUUGAUAUUGGUUUCAGCUUUGGCUCAAUUCAGGCUAGAGGCUCCAUGCUCAUGUUUGUUGCAGCAUUCUUGACAUUCAUGGCAAUAGGUGGAUUCCCUUCUUUUGUUGAGGACAUGAAGAUCUUUGGACGGGAAAGAUUAAAUGGACAUUAUGGGGUUGGAGCAUUUGUCAUUGGAAAUACCUUUUCAUCCAUCCCCUACUUGUUUAUGAUCUCUUUAAUCCCAGGGGUUCUAGCUUAUUACCUUGUUGGACUUCAAAAGAGUUUUGAACACUUUGCCUACUUCGUGAUAUUGCUCUUCGCCUGCACGAUGCUGGUUGAGAGCUUAAUGAUGACUGUUGCAAGCAUCGUGCCAGAUUUUCUCAUGGGAAUCAUUACGGGAGCCGGUAUCCAAGGGGUGAUGAUGUUAAAUGGAGGCUUCUUCCGGUUGCCAGAUGAUCUUCCGAAACCAUUUUGGAGGUACCCCAUGUACUACAUUGCGUUUCACAAGUAUGCUAAUCAAGGGUUCUACAAGAAUGAAUUUGAAGGAUUAACUUUCCCCAACAAUCAAGCAGGAGGACCCGCCACCAUUACUGGUGAUGAAAUCUUGAGAAACUUUUGGCAAGUAGAGAUGGGCUACUCUAAAUGGAUUGACAUGGCCAUCUUGUUUGGCAUGGUAAUCAUAUAUCGUCUCAUGUUUUGGGGUAUUAUUAAGACUGUUGAAAAGGCUAAGCCCCUCAUUAAGGCUUAUAAGGCAGUUCCUCCAAGGCUGUCAAGUCAGAUAUCAGAAACUCCAUUCCCCACCAAUUCACAAUGAGAAUUUAUGGCUUUGCCUAGGUUUGCUAGUGACAUUUGCAGUUGAAUAAAACUAAAUUACAUACUAAUUUCUUGUUUGUUUUCAAUUAAAUUCUCUUUAGUCAGCACUUUCUGAAUCCAAUGCCACAUUUCUGUUUACUUUGUCAUUGAUAAAUUAAAUUGCAUUUAUCCUUGGGCUUGUAAAGUUCGGAGUCUAUUCCUUGG